CAAAAACCCACCCCACUCUUGCUUGCAAAGCAUCAGUACUCUCUUUCUCUCCCUCUCUUGUUGUUCUUGAGUUUUUUUCUUUUCUUUUUUACUUUUCUCUCUAAGAAAACUUGAAAUCAUGCAACUUGAUUCUCGAGUCACUAUGAGAGCUAAUAGUUUCAUUUUCCUCACCAACCCUCCAAACAAUACUACUCGUGUCCUUGAAAAUCCAUUGAACAAUGGAUUUCUUCCUACCUUGGAGCUUUCAUCCUACCAUAACCACCAUUUUGAUGAUCAACAACAUCAUGCUAAUAAAAACCAUGAUGAGGUCCCAAUCAAUGGGUCUUCUCAGCAUGGUUUUGGUCAUUUCAUGGCUACAUCUGCUUCUUCUGGCCCUUUCUAUGGGGUUUCAACACCCACUAAUAGCCAUGUCUCCUUUGAAUCUGCUUACUCAUUGUCAUCCUCAUCAGCUGUCUCUCCUUUUCCAUCCCAAAACCAAAAUGGGGUCCUACAUGGUUUGGCUUGCAGUGGUACCACCACUGCCGAGUCACAAUUCUAUGGGUAUCAGGCCUCCGCAGGUUCUUCUCCUGUGCAGCCCGGUACCUUAAACUUUCAAAAUUUGGGAUUGGCCAAGACAGUGGCCGAUGACCACUUCUCAUGCAUGACCACAGCUGCUUCUGCACCAGCUGCUGAUGACCAAAAGGAAUUACGAAAAAGAUCCUCAUCAUCUGUUGUUGUUGGCCAUGGUCUGAAGAAGAAAAAAAGGUCUAGAAAAGCUAGCAAGGUUCAAAACAAAUCCAAUAUCAUCAAGGGCCAAUGGACACCACAAGAGGAUCGUGUGUUGAUGCAGUUGGUGGGGCGAUAUGGGAUCAGAAAAUGGUCGAAAAUCGCUAAGAUGCUGAGCGGUCGAGUGGGAAAACAGUGUAGGGAGAGAUGGCACAACCAUUUGAGGCCGGACAUUAGGAAAGAUACAUGGAGUGAAGAUGAGGACAUAAUUCUGAUUGAGGCCCACAAAGAGCUGGGAAAUCGAUGGGCCGAGAUUGCAAAAAGGCUGGAUGGAAGGUCUGAGAACACCAUCAAGAACCACUGGAACGCCACCAAGAGGAGGCAAACCUCCAAGAACAAGAAGAACAGAGACCCAAACCACAAAGCCAGUACUCUUCUCCAGGACUACAUAAGGAGCCUCCACCCAAUAAUAAACGCCAACAAUUCCACCACCAAUUCCUCAAACGACAACAAUGUCGAUGAUGAUCACCAAGUCCACCAACAACCUGGUGCAGGUAAUCAGUUUUAUUAUCCUGAUCUUAAUAGUCAGGACUAUGGUUAUGAAUCCAAUGCUGCUGUUGUUCUGUUGGAGCAUCGUGACCAGAAUGAUUAUGAUAAUGAUGAAGAUGAAGACGAUGAUGAAGACUGGACUGAUAACUUCUACAAUGUUGAUCUUGAUCAUAUGGAGGAGAAUGGUACAAACGACAACAAUCUUUACUCUGAGACUUAUGGUUUUAAGUCUUUGCUUGAGGAAAUGUCGUAUGGGUCUGGUCAUGUGGCUAACGAGAUUAACAAUGGUGGUGUGGAUUUACAGAUGAGGAAUGAGAUGGAGAGCAUUAUGCGAGGACCUGGUGAGGCUGUAAAGAAGGAGAUGGAUCUGAUGGAGAUGAUCUGCCUGGAAAACCUUUCUUCAACAAAUUGAGAUGCAUCCAUAAAUUGAAUAAUAAGUAGUACUGUGUGUCUGUGGCUUCUCUAAAUAUUUAGAUAUUUGUCCAGAAACACAAGUCGUACUUUUUCGUUUCAAAAUGACGUCGUUUUAUAUAGUUUCUGCUGUCAGUGUCUUUUAAUCUUUAGUUUUUAUUUUAAUAAUGUUUGUGUCGUUGUGUUGUCGUUAUUGCUGCUUGUGUCGUCUUUGCCCUUUAUUUACAGAUUUGUGUGUCUGUAUUUGGGGGCUAAUUGUCGUCUUAAUUACUCCACAAAGACGAAAAAAAUGUCUACUUGCUUCGUGGGAGAGUCCGUCGACGUAAUUUUCUCUUUGUAUUAUGGAUAAUUUGGACAACUUAUGUUAAUUUGCUUUUUGGGUUA